CUUAUUGCUCUUGUAGCAAUUCGCUCUAUUCGCUAUUCAAAAUGGCGACGGUGUUGCGCUCACAGUGCGCGUUUGCACGAGUUUUUGUUGGAAAAACUGGACGAAUCCUGAACAACUCAACUGAUUUGGGUACAAAAAUCACUCAAGAAACACAAUCGGUAACAUUUUACCCAAGGAAAUAUUCAAAUUAUGCGCAUUCGCCAUUUGUUCAUAAAAUAAAAGAACAAUACGAAUUUGAAGUAGUGAAGAAACCCCCAGAAUGGACUUACGUAGAACGAUUGUUGCCUUUUGAAAACAUUCCUCAAUUAAAACCCAAGGAUAAAUAUCCAUCUGGCUUUGUACCUCAAAAAGAAGAAUCUAUAAAUUUGCCCUACUUUCUUCCUAGAAAUAAAUAUCAUGACGUUCCAAUUUAUUUACAAUUGUCACACCGUGGUCAACGUAAAAUAUCAGAAAUAAGAAAAAUUGAAGGUGACAUAUGGCUAUUGAAUGAUGAAGUAAAGGCCCUUUUAAAAACUAAGCACCAAAAAUAUAUAGAAACAAGAGUCCAUGAAUUAACAAGGACCAUUGAAGUAAAAGGGGAUUACGUAAAUGAUUUGAAAGAAUGGGCCUAUUCUAAAGGGUUAUAAGGUGCUUGCAUGUAUGCAUGUAAUGUCUGUCAUAGUACUUAGAUUUCCAAUAAAAUUUUGUUAAUAAAAA